UCUUUUUCUUUUUUUUACGUUGAGUUAGUUGUCGAUUUCUACGCGUGGUUUUUAGUUCAGUUUUUUAAACUGCCCAAUUUUUUAGUAUACUCGCGCUUAUCUUUUCUUUAAUCCAAUUUUCAUAUUUUUAGGGUAUAAAGACAAGUUUAACCUUGUGUGACUUUAUCUAAAUUCUUGUCUAAAUUCUAACAAAUUGUAACAACAAACAGAAAUGGGCGAUCAAGACAGAAAGAAGGCUGGCGGCGGCGAUGGUGGCAAAAAGAAGGAUGGCUUUGAUACUAAAAAGUUAGCGGUUGAUUUGGUUUCUGGAGGAACUGCCGCUGUGAUUAAAACAAUAAAAUUGUUUCAGUUUUCUAAAACGGCUGUGGCGCCUAUUGAGCGUGUCAAGUUGUUGCUACAGGUUCAAGACGCUUCUCAGCACAUCACUGCCGAUUAUCGCUAUAUGGGAAUAAUUGAUGUGCUUGUUCGUGUGCCCAAAGAACAGGGAGUCCUUGCUUUUUGGUGUGGUAAUCUGGCUAACGUGAUUUGUUACUUUCCAACUCAAGCUCUCAACUUUGCGUUCAAGGACGUUUACAAAACGAUCUUCAUGGAAGGUGUUGACAAGAACAAACAGUUUGGCAAAUUCUUUUUGAUGAACUUGGCUUCAGGUGGUGCUGCUGACGCUACUUCUUUGGCCUUUGUCUAUCUUUUGGAUUUUGCUCGUACUCGUUUGGUCGCGGACGUUACAAAGGCUGGAUUCUUUGCCUUUGUUAAGGGCAUUAUCAUCUAUCGUGCGGCAUAUUUUGGCGAUUUUGACACUGCAACGAUGUAUUUUGCUAAAGAUGGACAGAAAUUGAACUUUGUGAGCUGGAUUAUUUCUCAGGUUGUAACCGUCUCUUCUGGAAUUCUUUCCUAUCUUUGGGACACCGUUCGUCGACAUAUGAUGAUGCAGCCUGGACGCAAAACAACACGUCCUCUAAAACCUGAAAAUCUUAAUGUUAUUGAAAUUAAUUCUUCAUGUGUUCUUUUUCAAUGGCAAUUAUUUAUUGAAUCGGGGGCUGGUCGGUUUAAAAUAGCUUAUGGACUGUUACAUGGUGCACAAGCUAUGUUAAAGUUAGAAGUUUUAUACCCCAAACAACAAAUACUCCUUUGCCAACAAAUUUUACCCGGCAAAGCUUUCAUUUUUGAGGUUAUACCAGAAAAAUCAAGGCAAAUAUUUGAACCUUCAACUACCUCACAAACAAUUAAACCUUUGGCUCCAAAUGAUUUGGUUGUAAAGCCUGACUUUGAAAGAAAAUGUCAAAUUUCUGUUCAAUCUGAGGAUCAAAAUGGAAGAAGUGAACAAACUAUCGUUCCAGUCAAAAAUGGACAGAUUUGUGAAGUUUAUUUCGUUUUAUUAAAUGGUAGAGGUUAUGAAUUUGCUGCAACGGCUUUAAGUGGAUCAUCUGAUUUUGGUACUAGAAUGUUGAGAAGUGGAACUGCUGAAACAGGCUUUGAUUUUGCUUGUUUCGGAUUAAAUUUGAAGUUUAUUAUUAUGACACCAAAAAGGAACAAUAAUUUUAUAAAUUAUACUGGCAAUAAAGAACAAAAUGCUAAAAUCUCAUUCAAAAAAAUGAUCUUUUGCGCCUUACAAAAUUCAUCUGGGGGUUCAAAACAGUUUAUAUUAAAAUACAUCUACAAACAUUUUCCAAUUAAAUUGGAGUACAAAAACGGUAUAUUUUAA